AUUAAUAAUGUCUAAUGAUGAUAAUUUUCUGAUCGAAAGUGAUGAUGAACAAGAAGCUGAUGAUAAUGAUCUCACUUAAUAAUAAUCUCCUUUAGUCAGAACAUCUUUUACUAACCCAUUACAAUUUAAAAUUAACUAGCAUUUCAAGGGUGAAAUAAAUGAUGAUGAUGAACAAUAAGUUAUUUUGACAAGAUCAUAAAACUAUUGUGGAGAUGCUAGUGCACAUAGUUAAAACAGUGAAGACCUCAAAGGUAUUACUCAUACAAAUAAUUCAUCUGAUGAUGAAUAAGAACCCACCAGAAUCACAUAAACCUUCAAUAACCCCUUACACAAAAUCAAAGAAGAAGUUGACGAGAGCUAUGAAAUUAAUCUAAAUAACUCUGAUGAAGAAAUCAUAGUAAAUGAGUUUGCCAAAGCACAUGAUUUAGUCAUUAAAAAUUGCUCCAUUAAAAUGGUAUCCAAAUAUUAUUUCAUUAUUAGAUAUACAUCUUUAUAAACAUAUAAUUCAUUCACUCCAAGCGGCUAGCUUUCCAAAUACUGUAAACCUAAUUAAUUUCAGAAAAAUAACACAAAAUCUUACAAAAAAAGUAAUUAGCCUCUCAUUUAACCAAAUGGAUAUUCAAUCAUCGAGAAAAAAAAAUCAAAGCCAAUUAUUUGAAAAAAUGGAAAUUGCAAAAUGCCAAGAAGAAGCUUUAUGAUGAAGCUAAAAAGAGAAAUAUUGAUAAGGCUAAAGAUCUAAGACAAGCAUAAGGAAAUGCAAGUACUUCUAAUGAUACAAAUCUUUAAAAUAAAUCCUAAACUUAGGCUGGAGCCAUUAAUAACACUAAAUUAACUACAUCAACUUAACCAACUUCAUAAAAUUAAUAAUCAUCAAAUUUACCAUAAUAAUAAUCACCACCUCCGCCACCACCGCCUCCUCCUCCCCCAUUGCCUAAUAGUACCUCAAAUGUGACAGCACCGCCUCCACCACCUCCAUUACCUAAUUCAUAAGCUCCACCACCACCUCCUCCUCCUCCUCCACCUCCAAUGCCUGGUUAAUAAAAUCCUCCUCCUCCACCACCUCCUCCUUUACCUGGAUAAUAGGCUCCUCCACCUCCUCCUCCUUUGCCAGGAUAACAAGCUCCUCCACCCCCUCCUCCAUUACCAGGAGGUGCCAGACCGCCUCCACCGCCUCCUCCUCCUCCAGGAGGACCUAGACCACCUGGACCACCUCCUCCUCCUGGAUAAGCUGGUGCAGUACAAGUAAACACUUUAUAAUAUAAGGGGACCUGGAAUUGCAGCCAGAACACCAAAAAAGGAUAUGGCUCCAAGAAGAGUCCAUGUGAAUGUGCUAUCUAAAUUCAAAUUGAAAACAACAUUUUGGUCAUAGUCAGUAGAGGCCCAAGGAAUAAAAGUAAAAAUGGUUAUAACUUAGAUUCCAUUAUUGGAUUUUGAUCUUUUGGAAUCAAAGUUUUGCGAGAGAAUAGAUCCAAAUGCUAAUAAGAAAGAAACGAAAGCUUUGCCAAAACCAACAUUGAUUUAUAUUGAAGAAUAAAAAAAAGUAAAUAACACUGCAAUAGUAAUGAUGAAAUUUCCAGUAAAACCAAAUGUAAUAAUUGAAUGGCUGAACGUGCUUUCAGACAAAUUAGAUAUUGAGUUGAUUGAAAAGUUGAUUUCAAUAGCACCUCUAGAUGAAGAUGCAAAGCUAUUAAGAGAAUUUGAAGGAGAUUGGACAAAAGUGAAUGAUGCUGAAAAGUUCUUAACAGAAUUCAUAAAGAUUUAUCGAUAUCGAUAGAGAUUAGAUAGCUUAUUAUUUAAAAGAACAUUUGACUCAGAAUUUAAUGAUACAUUUAAAAAGAUAGGUUAUUUAUAAGAACCAAUUCUUCUGGUGAAAACUGAUCCCCGUUUGAAAAUCUUUUUACAGUUAACUCUUAAUAUAGCUAAUUUUUUAAAUCAUGGUACUCCAAAAGCAAAUGCUGGUGGAAUUGGGUUAGAUAGUUUGAAUGUAGUGGAUUCGAUAAAAGCAAUUGAUAAGAAAACUAACCUAUUGACAUAUUUAACGAAAAUAGUGAAAUAACAAGAAAUAAAACUUAAAGUCUUUUUUGACGAUGUGCUUCUAUUGGAGGAUGCUUAAAAGGUAGAAUUGGCUGAUAUUGAAAACAAAAUGAAUGAAUAUAUAAAAGGGUACUAAUAUAAAUAUUAUUAAGAUUAAAGAAAAUUAAUGAUGAAAUAGCAGCUCUAUAAAAAGCAAUAGACAAUAAUCUAUUGACAGAGGAAUAGAAAAUAGCAUCAUUAAAAUUCAUUGAGUUAUUUCAAGAAUUUUUAAAGGAAGGAGAUUGGAAAAUGUAAGCUUAUUAAAAGAAGUUCGAGUAGAUAAAGUUAGACAUAAAAUAAGUAGGCUAAAUGUAUGGAGAGAAUGAUAAUUACAGUAUCAAAGAUUUCUUAGGAUAACUAUUUACAUUUGCAAAUAAAUUUAGAGCUGCAUACAUGUAUUAUUGUUAUUACUAUUUUAAAGUAAAAUGGAAGUAGAUGAGGCAUUAGAAAGCAAACCAAAACCUUAAUAAUAAGAUACAAAAGGCAGAUCCAAGACUUUAGUAUAAUCUACUCCUGAAACCUAAGGGAACAAAAACUAAUUAGAUUCUAAAGUUAACUUUUAUAAAGCAACAACUCCUAGUAGUGGAAUGAGGAUGAGUACAUCUGCAAAAAUGAAUGCAAAAAAUGGUAUGAAUUUUUAAUAUACAAAAAUAGUAAUGAGUGCUGUGGCUAAGUAAAGGGAAAGUAAAAUGCAUGAGAACAUUUCAAUAGUCUAAAAAUAACAAUAAUAAUAAAUUAUACCAUAAGCUCCAACAAAUAUUAUUUAAAAUGCUAGAACUGGUGUUAUUUCUUUUAAGUAAUGAUAAAUAUAUAUUUUUAACGAUUAUAAUUUUUAAUAUUACAUGGAUAAUUAACAAAGCCAAUAAGCAUUUUUGUAGAGUGUUUCCCUUCUUUUCAGUAAAUAUAUGUCUUAGAACAUUUAGAAAUUAUCAAAUUUCCAUUCAUUUGUCAAAAUUGUGGAAAUAUUGAAGUUAUGAGAUAACUUUAAAAAAUAUUUAAUGAAAUUGAUGAAAUUGAUAUUGAAGAAUUAUCAAGUAGGAUAGUUUUAGUUUCAAAAUCGAUUCAGAAAAAGAAAGAGGAAAGUUUUGUUUCUAUUUAAUAAUAAAUCUAGAAAUCUUUGAAUUAUCUAUAACCAUUAAAGACAGAUGAUCAACAAUUAUUUAAUUUUGAAAAUCAUGAAUAAUGUUUACAAAGAGUUUGUGAUGUAUGCAUAUUUUCUUUAUUCGAGGAUAUUUUUAUCAAUAUCUAGGAACAACUAGAAAUUUAGAACUCAUUAAAUGAAUUGAUUGCCAUAAUGCAGGAACAACAAUUACAAAUUAAUUAGUUUCCUCAAUCUAAGAACCUACAGUUAAUAUCUGAAUACAACAACAACAAGAUAAUCAAAGAAAGAUUGGAAGGAGCAUUAAAAAUUAAUUAGAGUCAUAAGGAAAUCCUUAAAGAAAUUCUUAUUAAAAUAGGGUAGGACAAUUCCAAUCAAAAGAUUAACUAUCAAAUAUCAAUCAAGCAAUCUCAACUAGAUCUUAUAUAUCUUAUUCAAUAAAAUUCAGUAUUAAAUGAAAAAAUAAAUGAAUUAGAAAGUUAAUUAAAGGAAAAGAACAAUUAACUUCUAAAAUUUAGUUAUUAUAUUUAACAGCUUGAAAAUAGUUAAUAAAAUUAAAACAUCCAAUAUGUUGUAUCUCAAAAGAUCUCAUAAUAGGAUCAGAAUACUUAAUCAUAAUAAGACCAUAAUAAUGUUUAAGAUUGUUAGGUUAACUAAUCAUAGUCGGAUGAAUUCUAUUCCAUUAUUGAUUAGAGUCUGAAUAACUUUUAUGAAAAUCAAUGCAGAUAAAGUUUGGCAAAACCUUAAUAAUCUAUGACGGUCCUCAAACCCAUAAAUCAAAAUAUUACAGUUUAAUAAAGUUUUCAAAAAUAGAAAGCAACCUUAAAUUCUGAAAGAAAGGUUAAUUUUAGUUUUGAUUAUGGAAACCCACUGGAAACAAACAAUAGUUUUACUUAAUAAGAAGAUGAGAAUUACUAAUUUAAUUUUUGA